AUGUCAACGGUUAUGGUGAGUAAAUCGUGCUGGAUCAGAAGAUAGAAUACAUGCAGUACAUGCAUUGUGUCCCCAAAAUGUGUUAACCUAUUUAAUUUAAUUGUGUCGACGGUUAUGGUGAGUAAAUUUUGCUGGAUCAGGAGAUAGAAUACAGUACAUGCAUUGUGUCCCCAAAAUGUGGGGAUUAUUAGAUUUAAUGCAUAGAACUGUUGAACAGUUUUUGCACUCAAAUAAGGUUGUUUAUUUUAUUCGGAAAUAGCCUGGGAAAAGCAGCCGCGCCCGAUUGUCUCGUCCCUUGACGACACGAACGUCUGCGUAAUAAACUGUAGCGCGCCGAGCACACUGUAUCCUAUAUAGAUUAACAUGCGCACAACAGAGAGCCCGUGUGAAGAACAAUUUAUUUGGUUAAAGUAGGUUAAUUUAUAGUUACAGGCUUAGGUUUGCGUACAGAUUAAAUAAGACAUCAUCCGCGCAACCGCAAAUGUUCAUUCCACGCACGCUACAAAACCAAUAUGCCCUGAAUCGAAUCUGCCCAUCUCUUCUGAUUGGCUGGUUUAUAACGAUUGUAGCUAUAAAUACGCAAUGAAUAGUUGAACCAAGUACUGUAUAGAAUGGAACGUAGAAAAGACGGAAAUAUUCUUCCCGCUAGGCUAGACGUAUCGGUAAACGGGAUCAUACGAACGGCUAGCCCAUUAUAUCCUUAACAUUAUUUUUAGUAAACACACAACCCCUCACCGACCCACCCAUACCCAACCAACCUAUGGUCAAUAUGUGGACUUUACUGGAUAUCGUUCCGUGUAUGUCUUCUUUUAUGUUUCUCUCUUUUGAACGAUCGCGCUGUAUCAAUGUAUUGUAGUAGCUUGGUUCAAAUAGAGUAACAACUUCAAACUGAUCUUCUUGCCUUGUCUGAAAACUCGAAUGCCUUGCAAUACAUAGCCAAUUCUUUUCGCUUAAAUGGGGGUGCGGUGUUCACAAUUUUUUCAUUAAACCUUUUUCUAGUUAACAAGAUUACUCACUCCUGCAAUGGUUGAAAGGUACAUAGGAAGGUUUUAGUUUCCGUACUGAGUAUUAAAUUUUCCUUUUUUAUUUCAUCAUAUAGUAAUUAUUAAUACAAAAACUGCUAAGAAUCGAACAAAGUAAUGGACAACUUGCAUGUUAGACUAAAUUUUAAUAUAAGUAAAGAGAAGGGAAUCAAAUACAACAGUUAAAAAGAACAUAAUGAAAUUAGUAAAAUUGCAAAAUUUGGUUCCGAAAUGUUGUAAAAUACAGAAAAUAUAGCCUUGCGAAGUUUGCAUAUUUUCAGUAUAUUUGUAUUACGUGCGGAAAUUGUUACCAUUUUCGGCUCAAAAAUGGUAACAAUUUCCGCACGUAAUACAAACAUACUGAAAAUACGCAAACUUCGUAAGGCUAUAUUUUCUGUAUUUUACAACAUUUUGUAACCAAAUUUUGCAAUAUUUCUGAUUUUAAUAAGUUCUUUACGGGAAUUUACUUUUUUUUGCCUAAAUCAAAAAUUAGUCUAACAUGCAAGUUGUCUAUUAUGCCCAUUAAAAACGCCUUUCAUUAUUUAUGUUGGCGCUCAAUAGAGAACUGCAUGCAGCUAGAAUUCUUUAUUAUAUUAACCCUUACUAAAUGUACGAACAUUCAUGUGAUUUCAUAUAUGAGUUAUGGUGGUUUCAAGUCAUUUGCAUUUCACCUGAUUUUAUGUGAUCUCGUGUGAUUUCAUAUGGUACCAUAUGAUUCGUGUAAUUUCGUGUGAUUCCAUGUGUUUCACCUGGUUUCAUGCGAUUUAAUGUAAUUUCAGAUGCAUUCGUGUGAUUUCAUGAUUUCGUGUGAUUUUAUGCGAUAUAUUAUGUUAUUUCAUAUUAACAUGUCAUUUCAUAUUAUUCCGUGUAAUCUCAUGUGCUUGCGUGUGUUUCACGCUAUGUCAAGUGAUUUGAUAUGCUUUCAUGAGAUUUCAUAUGAUUUCGUGUACUUUCAUGUGACUGCAUUGGCUUAGAAAAUCUUCCUGCAACCACACGGAAUAUACAAGAUUAUAUAGAAAAAGACUCCUGCACAUGUUGUACAACACAAAGCUCCGGACUUUAAAAAAUCCCCCCCCCCCUCUUCCUCCCAGGAUAUCUAUACACCUAAUAGACUGUAAUAAACAUAAAAAUGUUUGUAGUUGAAAUAUUCCUUGUCAGACUGUUAAUAUUGGUGGUAAUGGUUUAUUAACACAUUUAGUAGUAGUUACGCUAGUUUACAAUGUGUUUACAAAUUUGGGUAUAAAAAUGUAUAUAUAUAUUAUAUAUUUACAUGUCAUUCAUUAAAAUUAAAGUUUUACUAAUCUAUAUCUAUUUACAAUAUGUAUAAAAACUACUAAUGCAUACCUAUUUGUACAUUAACUGAUAAAAUUUUGAAAAUGAUGAUCCUAAUCAACUAAUCUAGAAUUAUAUUGGCAGUGUUUUAAUGUUCACUUUAGUAUAAGUUUAGAUGUUCAGUCUUCUGAUUUAACUCGCAUUUUCUUGCAGCUUCUUCUUGCAAUAGUUUGAAAGUAAAUUUCUCGCUUUUACUCAUCAAAAACACACGCUGAACGAAGGAAAAAUAAAAAACAAAACUUUCGGACAAACGAACAAACGCAUACGGACAAUAGACAAUUACAAGACGCUGAACUUUGAUCAGCCAAUCACAUGCACCUUGGGAAAAAUGUUCUUAAAAUUGCGAGAUGAUGGAAUAAGAUAUUACUGUGUUAUAGUAUAUUUGAGAAGAAAAAUUAUAUGAAGUAAAACCAGAGAACAUAACUCACAACAGACACUCGCUGCUGUUCAUAGAAUGUUGAAAGGCUAGUCGAUAAAAAGUUAAGGAUAAUCUACAGCAGCAACACUUGAAAAAGAACAAUCUAAUCACGAUCAACGGAUAUCAAGCGCGUAAAUUUGAAGAUUUAUGGGAUUUAUAUGUCAAAAAAGCCUGGAAAUUUCAAGAAAAUCGGCAUUUUCCCGGUUCCCGGUUAAAUUAGAGACUGAGUUUGUCAAAUACAACGGCCACGCAAACGAGAACGUGCUCAUCAGCAAUAGCGUCUUUACUCUAAGACAAAGGCGACCACAAUUUGCAUUCCUUAUAAGCAUUGUGGUACGCCGUAGUUGUUCAAACUUCUACGUUAUUUACAUCACCACGACUCAUAACGACGCCAACAGAGUAAAACGUUCGUUUGGGGUUUUUAUGUGAAUCACUUUCUAUUGUUACUUCAGGGAAUUUCAGGGUUGUUUGAAGGAAAGACAAGUGCUUUUAAAAUUUUAGUAAUGAAUGUUUUGGCUCGAAUACAAAAGUAUAAGUAAUUUUGUUUCCUGCCCUCGCCGUUGUUGAUGGUUGCCAAACUCACUAUUGAAGCUCAAACUCACUAUUGAAUCUCACUUUUUUUGUUAGCACUCGUAGUAACGAUCUAGAGACUAGAGUGAAGCUCGUGUGAAGCAGCCAACAUUGUAGCUAUAGUAGUUAAGAUUUUAGAAUUUGUCACGUGAUCAGUGAAGCGAUCUACUGCAUAUAGAAUGACUGUCUUUUUUUAUUCAGAAAAAAAGGAGUGGUUAUUAAUAUAUCCUCCAUUGCUGGUGUAAUGCCAACGUCUCUCCUUGGAGCAUAUGGAGCAACAAAGGUAUAACUAGAAAUAUAUGCAUGCAGGAAUAAUAUUUGAUGGGUAUAUAUUGUAGAUGGAAAUUAUCAAGUGGAAAAUUAUUUACAUUUAUUAGACAUAACCAGGACCAGAAGCGAAAAAUGCAACUUUAGGUCCCCGGCAGGAAUUCAACCUGCGAUUCCGGUGCAGCGCUCUAACACCAACUGAGCUACAGAGGCCAAUUGUCGAGCUCUAACCACAAGUUCAUGUAUAUAUAUAUAUAUACUAGGGUGCUGACUGGUAUAGGUUAUUGGUAAAUAUCAAGAUUUUUUGUUGGCCGAUGGGACACCACUUCUUCGCAAUACGCACAAAAUAUACAGGCACUUAUGAGCUUUUUUCACGAGAAUGUUGAUAUUAUUAUUAUUAUUAUUUAAUCUUAUUUACACACAUAUACAACGGUAGCCCAUCAUUCCAUUUCCGGUGGUCGUCAAAAGUGACACCAAGUACUUGAAAUGACGAGACGAUGUUGAGUGGAUUCCUGUUGAUAUGCAGGGAGGCAAUGUUGUGACUUUGUCCUAGAAAGCUGAUCACCAUUUCUUUGGAUUUCUUAAUAUUCAAACGCAUGUCAUUUUGCUCUGCCCAUUGUUGUAUUUCAUUUUAUUGGUCAGGUUGUAGUGUCGAUUGAUCACGUAGAGAUAGAGAUUCAGAAUGAGUAAGAUACUCAACAUAUUUUUAGUGUCUUUGUUAUUGUUAUUGUUAUUGUUAUUGUUAUUGUUAUUGUUAUUGUUAUUGUUAUUGUUAUUGUUAUUGUUAUUGUUAUUGUGCUAUAAAUAACCAUCUUACUCUACGCUAUCACUCCAGGGCCGUAUACCUACCUAGACGAUAAUUUGGGGGGGGGGGGGGGCAAUUCAUAUAUUCGUGUUCUGCCUGACGAAUUUCUUUUUAAAGCGAUUGUCUUUACGGUAUCUGCACAUGAAUAUAUGAAUAUACCCCCUCCCCCAAUGUUCGCGUCUAGUUACGGCCCUGUAUCAGUCCAGUCCUGUCGUUUUACAACAUACCACAUGAUGCCACAUUUUACCAAGAAUCGAAAUGUCAUGCAUGAUUUUAAUUUUGGCCCUUUUUUUCCACACCACCUUUUAAAGUAUAGAUUUUAGAAAUGCGAAUAAUUUCUUGUAUAUUGUUUCUUCUGAAAUAGGCUGGUAUGAUCAAAUUUUCUGAAAGUCUUCAGAUAGAGUAUGCCAACAAAGGCAUAAUUGUCCAGGUAACGUACAGUAAAGGCCAAUUUUGUAAUCAGUCAUUCAAAAUCCUCAGUAAAAAAGGUUUACUUAUACAGGGUUAUCUUAAACCGCGCAUUUCGAAAAUGUCCGCAAAACUGCAAAUUCCGCAAAAUUUGUUAAACCUUUAUGCAAGCAUGGGUAUUUUGGGGUCCGCAAAUUUUCGAGCGCAGGAAGGUUGUUUUUACAAACAACUUCAAAAAUGGCUUGCGCACAAAAAUGGAAGGCUUAAAACGCAAUUUGAAUUCAUAGGGUGCAAAUUUGGAAGGUUGUUUAUGAAUGUGCCAGACGAUUUGACGUGCAAUAAGUCCAACGCGCGACUAUAUGACUGUAUGCCAUAUUAGCCAUAGCAGCCAAUUUAAACCAAAAAAGACUAUAAUAGACUGCAAUGAUUUUUUAAAUUUCACCAAGUAGUAUUGUCGUAAAUUUCAGAUCAAUUAUUGGAGUUCUUUCAUUUAUUUUACAAAAUGUAGUGAGCCACAUUAACUGAUUUAUUAAAAUAUUUUUGUACCAAAUCGAAGUAAAGCCCCGUUUACAUGACGAGCAAUUUUAUUUGACAAAUUUUAUUUGAUCAAAAGCUAUAUAGCAUGCUAGCUUUUGAACAAAUGCAUUUGUCACAAUAAAUUUGUCACACAUUUAUCAUUACACAAGCCAAAUAUCUUUGACAUAUGAAAUUUGUCAAAUAAAAUUUGCUCGUGUAAACGGGGCUUAAAAUUAAAACGAAAAUGGAGAAAUGACAAAGUUUAUCUUAAAAGUCCAAAAAAGACUAUAAUAGACAGCAAUGAUUUUUUAAAUUUGUCUUUGAUUUUCGAUUUUUGUUUUAAAUUUUUUGGGGUAUAUUAUAUUUGAAAUAUCGAUAAAUGAAUUAUUUGCUAUUUCAUAUAAAUACAGUGUGUGAUGCCAUUGUUUGUUGCAACAAAGAUGAGUGGUAAGAAGCCAGCGUUGUUUUGUCCUACUCCAGAUGACUACGUACGUAGUGUGUUAAAGAAAGUUGGCGUUACCUUGAAAUGUCAUGGUUACUGGCCUCAUGAGUUACAGGUAAAUGAUAGACAGAAUACAUGGUCCACCAGGGGCCUGUGGUAUAUGAAGGCCAGAUAGCACUGUGUACUGGAUAGCAGGUUUUUCAAACUUUCCAAUAACACGUUAAUUGACUUCAGUAUUUAUAAAUUAAAAUAUCCUUUUAAUAAUUGUGAGGUUCAUAUCCGAAUAUCCGACAUGUAGCUUUUAAGCAUUUUUAUUGUUAUUAUAUACAUGACAAAAUUACUGCAAUCUGAUUGGUUAAGAGGAGUGCAAUUAUUUCUGGCUGGGGGGAGCGGGAAAUCAAAACAACAAAAAUCCAAUAUGGCGGCGAAAUUUGUCUUACAAACGUGGACGAAUUUAACUAAAUUUUGGCACCAGAAUGAGUUUAAAAAACAUGGUGUGGCAAAAAGAGCCUGUGGAAAAUACCUGGAAACAGUCUUAAGAAAUAAUAUGGGCGGGAUGCAGCGAAACGUGACUAUUUAAGUUUGUAAUACAAUUUAUAAAGAUUUUCUUACUCUAAAAUAUGUUGUUUGAGUUUGAAUCUUGUGUUCUAGUUUAAGUUAUGUGCCUUUAUGAAUUUAUAAUCAUUUCCCAAGUUUGUUUAAUUAUACAAAAUUGUUUACAAAAGAAUUAAAAACUCUUGACAAAAUGCAGUUGAAUUUUAAAGAAAGCGAUUUUGUCAUGCAUAUAAUAAUUAAAAUAAAUAAUUACACGGGCAAAUCGUGCAAUUAAUGAUUAACACUACUCGUGAUAUUUGAAAAAUGUGCCAAAAUUGCACGAGCCGCCGAGGCGAGUGUAAGCUGGCACAUUUUUCAAAUAUCACGAGUAGUGUUAAUAUCACAAGUAGUGUCCUUCCCGUGUGAUUACCUAUACUAAUUGCAUUCCACGUGUACAAUAUAUAAUUUAUAUUUAACUUAUUUUAAUUAACUUUUAAAUAAUUAAAACAACUAUAUACUAGUAUUCAUUCAAGCAUGCCUUUUAUCUCUUUGAACCAACAAAUAAUGUUUUUUCUUUAGGCAUUUGUAUACAACGGACUGCUACCGCGAUGGUUAGUUGCAAAAUUGGCAGCUAAAGCAACGAAAGGGAUGAGAGAGGGUAAAUUGAGAGGGGGAAAUGAAAAGAAAAAAUCGUAGUUUCUGACGAGUUUUUAAUGAAAACUGUCCAAAUAAGGUAGAUGUUCUUUAAAUCCCGCAAAUUAAGUUUAAUUAUGUUUCGAGCUAUAUAUACUCGACUCAAUUUAACAAUGGUUGUUUUUAUAUGCAGAUAUGAGAAAUAUACAAAUGUAACUCAUGCAUGUAAAUUGCUGUUUAUUAAUAACAGAUUAGAUAGAUAGAUAGAUUAUUUAUUUCUUAAAACUAGCAGCCAUAUAGCUGAAAUAUACGUUUAAGAUUACAAAGGUAUGAUUUAAAAUUAGGUAAAAAUGUUUUAGGAAGUUACAUCUUCAAUGAGUUAUAAGUCAUAAAACUAUUCCUAAAACAUGAUCUUUUUCUGUGUUGAUGUUGUGUACUCAGGUGAAUAGUAUGAUGCUUGUGAUGUUACUCUGAGUGUAUAUCCACACCGGUCAGGACCGCGUAGCUCAGUUGGCAGAGCAUUGGGCUAGUAUUCCAAAGGUCGUAGGUUCGAUUCCCACAGUGGCCGGGCAUAUUUUUCAAGCUCUCCCGGUGUGGAUAUACACUCAGAGUAACAUCACAAGCAUCAUAUUCCUAAAACGUUUUGUAUUAAAAUUGAUAUUAAAUAAAUGUUGUGUCCUAAGUUCCAUAUUUAAAUGUUCUAAACGGGGAGACAGAUGGCCAUGGAGCCUGUGCGAUGGAUCGGCAACUAUUUUCUGUAACAACUUCGUUGUUAGAUGAUUCCUCCUUUCACUAAGACGUUGCAAGUUAGUUAAUUUCAGAGCGUUUUCAUAGUUAUGAUGGGGCAGAAUUAUUUUUAGUGCUCGCUUUUGGACUGAUUCUAGAUCGUUUGACAAUUACGAUGUAAGGCUAUUGUGGAAGACCGGGCAGGCAUACUCCAGAACAGGUCUUAUGCACGAUUUGUAAAAUUGAAACAAUUCCUUAAGUCCAACAUUUGCUCGUUUUAAUUGGGUAAGAUGGUAAAGGCGUUUACGGCAUUUCUUGAUUACUUCAUUCACGUGGAUGUUCCACUUAAAAUUGUUGGCUAUAUGCAAUCCCAAAACUUUCGCGUUUUGGACAAUUUCCAGUGUGAUGUUAUUGAUGGUAAUUAUAGGCCGUGAGCUAUAGUGGCGUGGUGCCCUCAAACGUUUAGUUUCAUUGUACACGUCGCUAAGUUAAAAAAUACUUACAUAUUAUAGAUUUAAACACGUUGAAUCCAAAUCUAAAAAGUUGUUGUUGAUAAACCCUGCAGUUUUUUUGUAAAUUGCGAUCAAAAUCUUAAAAUUUCGCAAUAGCAUUUUUACUAUAUGCCAUACCUCAAAAUGCGUAAUCUUGGAACCAGCACUCGCGGGCCAUAGUGAAAAUUAUACAGGAUAGGUCACUUCCGCCUCCUCUAUCUACGAGAUAUGUGAAUUCAGAUUUGAUGUAAACAAAGAGCGACACGAUUUUCAAGUUUCAUAUGUAUUUUCCGACUUUGUAUACGAAGAUAUUUAGCAACACCAGGCAUUCUUUCAAGAUUAUGAACUUAUGUGUACACUAUUUCAUCUUUAUGGCGUGUAAUAAUUAAUAAAGGACUAAACAAACUUCAAUUUUAUAUUUUGAAGACAGAAUAAUGGACAAUAUUAUACCUCAAAUUCAAAUUGUCCAAUCAGGAAGCUUAGUUUGUGCCACGUGAGCAUGAAAUUAAUCGCGAUAUCACGCCUUACGUCAUCAAUUAGCGAGCCUGCGCUCCUUUUGACAAUGUUCCACCCCAUGUUCCCCGGGGAACAUGGGGUGGAACAUUAUUCGCGUAGACCACGCGGGACAACACGCAUGACAACAAGAUGGCCGACAAAACAUAAAUAGUAUUAAUGAGUGAUGAAUAAUUCAAUUUUAAACCUAAAACCCGGGGCUUUUUCAAACCUAAAACCUGGGGCUUUGUCAUUAAUAUUCCAAACGAUAUGUGAUUCGAAAGAAAAGCGACGACACUUGCGUUAAUCCGAAAAUAAAACAUCGUAUUCACGAAGGUAUGUGUCAAGUUUUUAAUUCUCAACUUGGAGGCUUUUAAUUUUCGGUAUAAUAUAUCAUUUAUAGACCCUCCGCUCGGGGGAUUCGGCGAAAUAUUACCCGAAGUGAUGAUAUUUCCCGAGGGGCUUUGAAAUAUUACCCUCAGUGAUGAUAUUUCCCUCGGGGCAAAGCCCCUCGGGAAAUAUCAUCACUUCGGGUAAUAUUUCGCCGAAUCCCCCUCGCUCCAGGUCUAUAAAUGAUAAUAGGCCUACUAUAGUAUUUGGAUAUUUGUAUGGUAAACCAAAAACUAUCAAAUUUAUUUAAUACUUAAAUGGCGAAUAUAUAAAAUACAUAUUUAAACAAUACUAUAAUUAAUACCAUAUGCUAUAGAGUAAUUAAUAGCACAUUAGCUUUCUUUUCGUGUAAAACUACACAUAUUCACCAUCAUCACAAUCCACUGCCUCCUCAUCAAAGUCAUUGACAUUGUCAAUUAGCUCUUCAUCUAUCUCACUGUUCUCAGAAUUGCUGCAUUGGCAAAGUUCAGUGCACUUCAAAUUUGCUUUAAAACAUGAGCAUAUUUUUGUUUGACAAGCCUUUUUGGUAACAAAUUCUAUAAAGAUGCUGUCGGCUGUCUGGAGCAGGCCCUUGGGUCCCCCAUAUGCAGGGGUGGAAAAAGUAUCAGACCACAGGAUCGAAAAUUUAGACAAAAGGAGAAAUUCAGAGGGAAAAUUGUAACCAAUAGAAAGAAUGUUAGGACCUACCUGUUUUGUAGGAAUGAGCUCAGAAAUGCAGUUAUAAGUGCAUCCAUCUUCAUUCAUAGUGUGAUAGUGUAUAAAUGUAUAGAUUAUAGAGUGAUAUGUAACAAAUUUUGCAUUGGAAUAUGCAUUUUUAGCCAAUCUGGUGCACUUGAUUUUCAAAAUAUUCUGGAGAAGCAUUGUCUCCUUCAUAGCUGCUCUUUGUCUCGAGGUUUCUUCUCAUGAGCGACUGCUCACUCGAGCACAACAUUCCAUUCCUUUUGUCUUACGUAUCAAUAUCACUAUCAGUUCUGUGCUUUCCAUAUUUUCACAUUGGCAUAAUUCUGUGCAUUGUAAAUCCGCUUUUUUACAUGAGCACCUCUUGGUGUUGCAGCCUUUCUUGCACCUGCACAUUACAUAAUUUCAAGAAUAUUAUCUGGAGCACUUUCCAUUAGGCCCCAUUUGAUGUCCAGAUCAGUUGCUUCUAUGGUCCAGCCAUAUCCAUCUGGUGAUGGUGCAGAAAGGCUGCAAAGGGUGCUCAUGUAAAAAACGGAUUUACAAUGCACAGAAUUAUGCCAAUGUGAAAAUAUGGAAAGCACAGAACUUAUGGAAACUGAUAGUGAUAAUGGACUUGAUGAAGAUUCUGAUGAUGAUGACAAUGAAUUUUAG